AAAUUGCUUAUGCACGAGUCGGAGGUGCAUUAAGAAAUAUAAUUUAGUUUAAAAAAACAAUGCAGAGGAAUACUGAGUUGCUAUAUAAAAUUUUGAAUCAGUCGUCAAGACAUGGUUGAUAGUCAUCGACUCUGCAAUACUGAUAAAAACGACGGGGGAUUCGAACAUGUGGACCACUCAUCAACGCACGUGUCUAAAAUGCAAAUAGAGUAUACCCAGGAGAUGGAUUGUCGAAUGGACGUCUGCGACGAAGACUGCUACCAGCAUGCAAUUACGACGAGAAACAGUUUCGAUAGUGAAUGGAUCAAGAAUUCACCGUUGAACGCACCGAGACAAAAGCACAUCGACCAAAUAUAUUGUAACAUUUCUGCUUUAAGCAAAGGCGGUAGAUGCCGAAGACAUCACAAACCCAAUAAAAUGAUACAGGGAAAGAGGAUGUCUUCAGUUAAAAUGUUUGCUUGUCCAGUGAUAGGUUGUUGUACGUUUUAUCGUAAAUUCAGCGAAUUAAAAGAACACUUGCGGAAUGGCCACGAAAUUCAUGCUAAAUUGUCUAAAACUUCUAAAUUGCGCAGAGAGUAUUUGUGCAAUUAUUGUAGCACUCCGUACAGAACUCUUCACGAUUUGCUAAUGCACACGAAAACACAUGAAGCGCAACGCUCGCGGAGAGUGACAUCCCCGACCCCUAACGCUUCCACAGGUUCAUUACCUAGUAACCACUAUGUACUCGCAUAUGCGGAUAGUAAUGAGGUGCAAAUGCUCAACACAAUCUACCUGAACUUAGGUAUUGAACGGAGUGAGCUGCAAGUUUACAAGCAUCCAACAGGUCAUCAAGACACCCCAAAUGUGACUGUGUCCUCCUGUCGCAGCGCUCCUUUUCACUCCACACCACCAACAACAAACUACAAUUAAGCAUACUAGUUGAAUCUCGAUUCUUAUUGCAAUUUUAAUUUCUAUCAAUUGAAUUUUACUAAACUAAAAGAUCGCAUCAAGCAGAUGAUCACAUUUCUAAUUAAAUUUAACAUUUUUACUUCCAAAAAUAAAUAAAUUUCCAUAAAUUUGUAUAUACCUAAUACAAAUAAAAAAUCUGAAUAUAAGUAUUUUAUAUAAA